CUCUCCUCCCAUCUCUAGAGUGCUCUGUCCCAGCUGAGCUCCUCCAAUGGGUGAGCUCAAGUGUUUUGGUGGCUGGAUGAUUGUCCUUUGCCUGUGAUUUUGGGAGGAUUUCGUGGCUGGAAAUGAUCAGGACAUGGAGGUGUCAGGCAAUGUGCAACCAGAGAGAUUACACUAUGUUAUUGAAGAUCCAGAAUCUGGGAGCCUGUACAAGAGAGGGAAGCUACUGGGAAAGGGUGCCUUUGGCAGGUGCUACAAAUGCACAGAUGUCUCCAGCAGGCAAGUCUUUGCAGUGAAGAUGAUCUCUCACACCAGAAAUAUUGUGAGACCGCAAAGAGGAGGGGUUAAAAAGGAGAUUGAACUCCACAGCCAACUGAAACAUAGAAACAUUGUGAGAUUUUACCACCAUUUUCAAGACCAGAAGUAUAUGUACUUGGUGAUGGAAUACUGCAGACACAAGUCUCUUGCACACAUCUUAAGGGUACGGAAACUGUUGACAGAGCCUGAAGUGCGAUACUAUAUGAAGCAGAUAUUACAAGGGGUUCAGUUCUUGCACCAACAAGGUAUUAUCCACCGGGACCUGAAGCUGAGUAAUUUUUUCAUUGCCAAGAACAUGGUUGUAAAAAUUGGGGACCUGGGAUUAGCAACAACUGUGGAACAGUGUGAAAAAAUCCCAGGCAUAAUAUGUGGUACCCCAAACUACCUGUCUCCAGAGGUUCUGGCCAAGGAUGGUCAUUCCUUUAAAUCAGACAUCUGGGCUCUUGGAUGUAUAAUGUACACAAUGCUUAGCGGAUACUCACCGUUCAGAGCUCACUCACAAAAAGAGAUGUAUUACUUUAUCCGCGAAGGCUUCUUCCCCGUGCCCUCUUACAUAUCGCUCAGUGUCAAGAGACUCAUCAUCUCUUUACUUGCAAGCUGCCCCAGUAGUAGACCUUGUAUAGAGGACAUCAUCUCUCAUGAAUUCUUCACCCAGGGAUUUACGCCUGAGAAGCUAUCUUCAUCUACGUGCCACACAGCUCCUACUUUCUCCUUUUCACUCCACCUCCCCAGGUUCUUCAGAAAGGCAGCCAAAGUGCUGUACAGGGGGGUCUUCCAUAAGUAUUUCUGCUCAGACUUUGCGGAAACAGAAGGGCACAAGAGCUCCAUGGUCAUGCCAACAGAAAGCCUGAUGUCGCUUAGCACAGUUAAAAUGUGUGAGGAUGAAAAAUCUGAAGAAACAGUAAGAACAUGUGAUGAAUCGUUGAACAUUCUGAUGAAAGGAAGAAUGAACCACAGGAACAAGAUGACUUCCCAGAGAGAGAUUUCGGGGGACAGAGUGGUGGAGGAUCUGAUGCUGCUAUUAGAAGACUAUCUACAAAACAUUGUGCCAGGUGAAUUGGAUUCCAAAGUUCAGGUUACUUACCCCAUACUGUGGGUGACCAAAUGGGUGGAUUAUUCUAAUAAAUAUGGCUUUGGUUACCAGCUGUCAGACAAUUGUAUAGGAGUACUGCUGAGCGAUGGAACUCAUACAAUUCUAUCCCCACAUUUGAGAAAAGUCUGCUACUCAACAAGCUUACAAGAGCAUAUUACAUUCCCUGAACGGAGCCCGCCAUGCAAGCUUGAUAUAAAAAUGAGGAUACUAAGGUUCUUUUCCCAGUACAUGAAGGAAAAUAUCUUGGAGGGUGGAGAUCUCCGGGCAGCACCCAGCCGCUCUGUCAGGACCUUGUGCCUGCUGCACUUUUUAAAGACAGACCAGGCUCUGCUGAUGUUGUUCAGUAAUGGAACUUUACAGGUGAAUUUUUACCAUGACCGCACCAAGAUAAUUCUAAGCAAAGGACAGCAGGGUUAUCUACUAAGCUUCGUUGACCAAGAGAGACAGAGCUGUACCGUGCUUCUGUCAGUACUGCAGAGCAGUUGUCCUCCAUUUAUAAUCCAUCGUUUGGAAUAUGCUCUUAUGAUGCUGCAAAGCUUGUGAUGAGAAUAACCAGUCCACUGUAUAGCAGUGUGUUAUUUGAGGCACAAUUUUGCGGAUUUCAAUGGUGUCAUUACCAUUGAACACACAUAGAGAAGGGCCUAUUGUAACUUGUGGGUUGACGCAAGUGAAAGUAUCAGUGGUACAGGAUGUUAGCAUGUACAAGGUUGGACAGUAAGAGAGACAGCUUGGUCUGGUUGUAUAUCAGAUGAUAUCCUGGAUCAAAGAAAGUCAUGUAAGUCAGUGAGUGAAAAUCAUGAUUUCUGGUUGAUUAGAAUGUGACAAAUAAGCAGUGAAGUCCAUAGGAGAGAGGUCUUCAUUUGUAGAUGAGGAAAAUGUUCAGAAUUACGAUCAUGAGGAAGACAGUGGUAAGGUGAAAAUGGUCAUUAACGAAAGAAUAAAAUAUAUUCAGUCAUAGUUAUAUUGGGGGUACAUGCCUUCAGUCACCCAUCUUUUGUAUUCUCAGAUGCACGUCAACUUUCUAGCCCCGAGACCGUCCCCUGGAAAAUGAAGACAUUUCCUUACUUUACAUUGCUAUUGUUGGCUAGAAACUGUACAAUGCAUUGCUGUACAAAGAUCUAGGUUCAUACCAGUUAGAAAGCCCCCAGAGAUCCAUUCAAUAAGUACGUUGUAUAGAUGUCAAUGCCAGGAUGGCAGUGAGCCAGAAGCAUCUUCAGUAUGCAGUACUCUACUGAACUAAACACUGAAGACGGGGUUUCCUUAGCAGUGUUCAUUUAGAGAGCAUUGCUAAGGGACAACUUCAGAGGCAGUUUUUAUUAAUAAAAAAAAUAGUCACUUAAUAUGAAAAGAAAAAAAAAAACACUUAUAGUACGAAAAUAGUCCUAGUCACUUCCCCUACACAUAAAAAAGAGACAGUUUAAUCAACUUAAGAUUUGAUAUAUCAGUAUUAUCUUUGGUAACUUCAGCUGUGUGAGUAAUGUAAUUCCACUAUUUCCAUGUUCUAAUUAUGUGGACAUGUGUAGUCUUGAUCAUGUGAUUGUUGUAUUCAGGGAAGUGAAGCAGCCUAAACGUGCAAACGUUGUCACUCUUGCUUUGUAUCUGGAUGUCUUACUUGGACAGAAUAUGAGUUAUAUUUUAAAGGGAGUCUGUCUCCUCAAAAAUCUGUUUCAAAGUAAGAAUACGAGCAUGUAGGGUAGAGGACCUGAAACAACCAUACUUUUCUUGGAAAAUCCAGUAAUCCUGAGAAAUGCUUUAUUUUAUUUGACAAAAUUAGGUUUUCAGGGCACUCUUUUCAAGUCACAUGGCUUCUUCUUCUUCUGCAUUGCUACCAGCUCUGAAAUGUCAGGAGAAGGCAUGGUGGUAUGCUUACGUUGAAACAAAUUUUGGAGGUGCCAGACUCUUUUUAACACUGUAAAACCAAAAACAAGCCUCAAUAUGUAACACAAUAAGUCUUGGCAAAAAUUAGAAACCAAUAUAUACCUACAGUGUUGUUAACAAACAACGACAAAAUGCCCAAAAUAAUCAAAAAUGUAAUUUAUUAUCAUCCAUGAAUACAUAACAAAACAAAUGUACAUAAAAAUAGAAAUAGCAGGGAACACCAGCAGAAAGGUAAGUGCCAGAAUCCACUGGCCUAUGCCGCUGUCACCCACCAAAAGUUGUAAAACAUGUCGAGCACAGGUUAUGCAUACACAUAAUCCAGUCAUAGAAGUAAUACCGAUAAUGUAAGGCCCGGUAUAUAACAUUCAAGUAUCCUCUAAACGUAUACCAAUCCUAAAAGGGGUCUAUCACUGGAAUAGAGACAAUAGCCGAGGACAGAAGUACAGCAAGAGCUAAUUAUAAGAACAAGAGAGAAAAAAGUAAGUCCCUCAAGAAAUAGCAAUGCAAAACCCUAUACUGAGCCAGAUAGAUAGUAGUAAUAAAAUCAAUGUAUACAGCAGGACAUGAUGGGGGGUGAAAAAGGCAGCACAGGUCAGGAUAGGAACGUUGACGCACGUUUCGCCUCAGCUUCGUCGGGAGGUAAGUAGCAUGUAGCCAUAGGCCCCUAUUUAUACCUCCCACAAAAAUAACACUUCUGGGAUUUCAAGUUGCAUAUAUGGACUUUUCAGUCCAUAUAUGCGUAGCUAUACCUUUUGCAGGAGAGCAAUGGUGAGCAGACUACUUAAUGCUUGUAAUAUGGUCAGCUUUAGAUACAAUGUACAAACCAAAGGCAAACAUCGAUAGAGGAAAUUUUUAUGCAAGUGGCAUUUCUCUGCCACCUUCCUGAAAAAGGCGGUUAGGACAGAGAGUGGGUGGGCAUAUUGAUCUUCUUUUACGCCAGUUUUCUACGUUAAAGAAUUAUGAAAUUGACACCAGCAAGGAGCAUGUGUAGAUUUCCGUGUAGGCACCCAGACUGCCGGAGGUGCACCUAAUUUAUGACGUCAUGAAUUAGGUGCAGCCUCCAGCAGAGCACGGGGGAUAUCCUGGACUGGUGGAAAAUGGCAGUCUAUGAUAAAUUCCCCCAUAACAGUAUGUGAGCUCUGUGUCCCCUGUCAGGAACUAAGUGAUCAUAGAUAAUUCCUCUCUGAUGCCUCUUUGUCAAAUUAUAUUGUUCAUAUCUUCCGUCUAAAUUGUAUUAUUAUGAAUACAUUAGAAAGCAAUGUAUAAUGUAGGACAGUCAUGUCAUUGGUGGCUGAGCAUAAGCUGAGCUGUAUUUUUUUAUUUAUUACGGGGGCAUCCUCAAAGUGGCUGUGAGAACUGAGCAUAGCCAGCAGGUGCUCUAUAACAUGGACAUCAAUAAGGGGUCGUACAUUCAUUUGCUCUGCACAUAGCAGCAUGUAAGUCCGUUUAUAGUUUAUUAAAAAGAAUCCGUACUAAA